AUGGGCAGGAAGAAGGCUCAUGCGUCCAAAGGUAAACACGGCCCGACGCAGCAGAGGCACAUAUCCACGGCGAAGAGGAACGAACUGAAUGCCCUGUGCGAGAAACUCUUUCAUCUGAGCAGCAAUCCAGCAUACGUGACGCAAUUAUGGAACAACUACUUGGAUAUCUCGGAGGUUCUGCUGAAGGUUAAACGUCUGGAGGAGAUGAAGACGGAAUCGUCCGAGCGAUCCCAGGGGAUUGGUCAUUUCAUAAACUGGCUCACGGAGAACGGGGCGCGAGUGGACGGUGUGAGCAUCGCCGAGUUCCCGGGUUACGAUCUGGGACUGAAGGCGGAGACCGACUUUGCCGAGAACCAACUGAUCCUAGAGAUACCAAGGGCGCUUAUCUUCAGCACGUAUACCGCCGCUCCAGAGUUGGCCGUUCUGCAGAAUGAUCCGUUGGUGCAGCAUAUGCCUCAAGUGGCAUUGGCGAUAGCGCUUCUCAUAGAGAGGCACAAAGAGAACUCCAAGUGGAAGCCCUACUUGGACAUGCUUCCCGGCAGUUACACCACGGUUUUGUACAUGAAGGCUACCGACAUGAUCGAGCUCAAAGGCAGUCCGACUUUAGAGGCUGCGUUGAAACAAUGUCGGAACAUCGCGAGGCAGUACUCUUACUUCAGCCGAGUGUUUCAGAGUAACAACAACGCCGUUUCCGCGGUACUCAGGGACGUCUUCACCUACGAGAGAUAUUGUUGGGCAGUUUCCACGGUGAUGACGAGGCAGAAUCUGGUGCCGAGUCCGGACGGCUCGCGCAUGAUCAACGCUUUAAUCCCAAUGUGGGAUAUGUGCAACCAUGAGAACGGCAGGAUCACGACGGACUUCAAUGCGACGUCGGAUCGCUGCGAGUGCUAUGCACUGAGGAAUUUUCAGAAGGGGGAGCAAAUAUUCAUUAGUUACGGUCCGAGGACGAAUUCCGACUUCUUCGUGCACUCGGGCUUCGUCUACAUGGACAACGAACAAGAUGGUUUCAAGCUUCGCCUUGGCAUUAGCAAGGCAGAUUCCCUGCAGAAGGAGCGGACGGAACUCUUGAGCAAAUUGGAUCUACCGUCGGUGGGAGAGUUCUUACUGAAACCGGGCACUGAGCCCAUCUCCGAUAUGCUGUUGGCUUUCCUGCGAGUGUUCAGCAUGCGAAAAGCGGAGCUGGCGCAUUGGCUGCGCUCGGACAAGGUGUUCGACUUGAAGCACAUGGACUGUGCGCUGGAGACCGUCGUUGAGGAGAACGUCCGGAAAUUUCUGCUGACCAGACUGCAACUGUUGAUCGCUAAUUACCCGACCACGCUGAAGGAGGAUCUGGAACUACUGGAGACCACGUUGCCGCAAGUGAAGAAAAUGACCGUUCAACUGAGAGUCACGGAGAAGAGGAUUCUUCUGGGCGCCCUCGAGUACGUGGAGCAGUGGAUCAAAGCAUGAGGAGUGUAUGACCUGCGAGUGCUGCUGCUGCGUUUCGCCAUGGGAAUCACCAGGCAUGCAUCAUCCCAACUGACUGAAAAAAAAGAAUCUCGAGAGAAAAACCAAUUUUAUUUUUACAAUAUUCUCUGAAAGACGAUUUCGAGUAUAAAAGUAAAUAUAGAGAAGCGGACGAAUUAUACAAUAAAGCGUAUAUAUAUCUAUUGCCUACUGAAUGCGCAACUCUAUGCUCUCGACGUGUACGAAUUGAAAAAUAACAACGGUUCUCUUAUACAAUGGAUUCCACGGCUGUCGGUUGGAUCAUCUCGGCUAGGCUACUACAAUCGGCGCCCGGGCGUUAUCGAGAUACAGAGAGAAAGAUCGAUCAUUAGCGUUCUCUCAGACGAAUAGCUUCAGUAUUCGGUCUUGCUGCUCGCGCACCUGAUGUCUCUUGGCAGGAGGCAUAUUGGAAAAUACUGAGGGAAAUAGAGAGAAAGAGAGAGAGAGAGAGAGUUAUAUGAAUGCGUCGGCGAUUAUAUGUAUAGAGAGAUACACAAGAGCUAUACAAUGUAAUUGUACAAUAAUUGCGUGCUCAGUAAAUAUUUCGUAAUUCUUGUUUUCGCGGCGUGGAAGCUUACAGACGCGGCUUCUUCGCAUCCGUUCCUCCGGAUCGAGUCACUAUAUAUAUAUAUACAUAUAUAUAUAUAUAUAUAUGCGAAUCAGACGCCGAAUUUCACAUGAGCUCUAAUCUCUGGACUACGAAAAGGACUCGAGGGUCCUACUUUUCUCGCUGCUUUCUUGCCCCCUGAUAUUUACGCGAUUAAAGUGGCGUCUCUCUCGGUUGCGUAUAUGCGCGCGCGUGUGUGUGUCUGCGUUUACAAAGGAGGAUGUUAUUGCUAAUGAACAUUUAUUUUUCAAAACGAAUACAUAAUAACAGAGCUGACUCUUGAUGUAAAGUAUAGAGUACCGUAGGCCUACGACUUGAGACUUAUAUAUACGAGCAUACGCUGCUAAUAUCUCCCCUCCCCUCCCGACACACGAGCGGAUGCGAACGAGAGAUCCGCGUUAAUAUAAUAAUAGUAAUAAUAAUAAUGUAUAACCUGCGAGGUGUUUCCGAUAUUUAACCAUGCGUUUAUAAAUGCAUCGUGUUUAGCCCAGUGUUUUUCAUGCUGCUACCAGACGUAACCUCACGCGAUCACGAGAACGGUAAGUUCGUCGAGGAGAGCGCGCGCGCGCGCGCAAGAUGCGAUUUAGAUUCUAGGGAAAUAGCAGAUUCCGACUCGAAUUUAUUAGAAAAUUAACGAAGAAGCUAAUUAACGUAGCGAGACGUCAUGAUCAGGCUACAGCAGGACUGAUAGCUCGGAAUACACAUAUAUGUGUAUAUGUGUAUAUAUAUGUGUGUGUGUGUGUGUGUGUGUGUGUACACGUAUCAUACACAGCUUGUGUAUAUAUACGUCGCUUUUUAUAAUAUUCCAACGUAAGAAUAAUAAUAAUAAUAAUGGAGACGAAGAGAAUAAAAGGAAACUCCAUAUAAACGUAUACGUCACGCGAUACAUAUAGGUAAUAUAUAUAUAUACAUACUGUAUACGGAGGUUUAAACCUAAUGUGAUCUGUGUAUAUCUUUACAGAGAAAUUAAUUACAUCUGUGAUGCAAGAAUUUUCCGAACGGGUAAAAUCCGCUUGAGUCACGCGGCAUGAUAGAGCGGAAUGUAUUUAUGUUACAAAUAUAACUUGUAUUUAUUCUGUAGAGUCUGUGGAACGGAGCUGUCUAGAACGGUGUGUAACAUGCGGCCGCGAGCGACGAUGUCGCACGCGAAGCGCGUCUCUCCCUUCUGCAGGAGAAGAGGGUGAGAGAGGACGCGGCGCGAGAGAGACGGUCGCUCGCCAGCGUGUUUUAGAUGUAGAGAGAGAGAGAGAGAGAGAGACACUUAGGUUCAUCCGAAAAUAUCUGCAUCCCGAUCGCCUCACCGGCUAUUCGUUUCGUUAAUAUAUCUACUUUAGGAUUGCUAA